AAACAAUACAAUCACCAAUUUUGUUUUUCUCUCUCUCUCAACGGAAAGAUCGAUUUUUGAUCAAACUUCGUGACGUAGCACUGCGUGUAUGUUCAUUGAUCAGCCAAGAGGAGAGAUCAGCUACAUUGAAGUCCUUACCCACUCUUGGCCUAUCUGACUUUGACCCCAUUGACCUUCGCUCAGACCGAAGACAAAAGUAAUGUCACGAUGACCUCAGCGGCGCAACAGCAGAAAAUCCAGGGGAGAGUUCUGGCGAGUUGUAACUUUGUGGCCCAGGAUCAAAUUUGGAAAGACCAAGUAGUGCAUGAAUAUAUUGCGACAAAGUCGUGGCCAGCCAACUGGAACUUCCUCAAGACAGAUUACAAUGAUUUGGUGAAAGAAGAUUUCCCUAAGAGGAACUUUGAUAAAAAAAACAAGGCCAAGGAAGCCGUAAAAAGUUUAGUGGAAGUGAGACCAGUAACUCCCAUUGACCAGUACAUUAAAGUAAUGCCAUCCACAAGACCAGUUCCAAAAACAACGUCUGCUCAGGUUGGCUGGAGAUCCACAGAUCGUCUUCUCGCUCUAGAGAGAUACGGAAAAUACGCCAGGCCAAAAGGAGGCUUAGUCAAACAACUGAACUGGCCAAGUGAGGCGGUCAAUUGACUUUCCUCAUGGAUUCGAACCUUUGUUUGUUAAAGCUUGUGAUAUGAUGUAAAUAUGUUGGACCAUUUUUAAAACAUGAUUGUGACCUGAUGGCUGGAAAUGUUGACUCUCUAGCCCACGCAGUCUCUAAUCUGGUAAUACUUGAGACUAGCCACUAGACCUUAGAAACGAAUCAAUUGUAUCCACUACUAUCUUUCCAUCUGUUAAUGAAUAAAGUUCCUCUGUAAACUAUUUUGUUCUGGUCUAUAUAAGCAACAGCAUUAAGAGGGGCCAAUGCUCAAUUUAUAGCUCUUAUUACUAUUGAAAGGAUUUUGAAGCCAACAUUUGUUCUUGCUAUAUACACGAGGCUUGAUGUGUUAUACCCUUCAGACUCGGUUUCAAAACUAAACAUAAUUAAAGCUGAUAACUGAAGGCUAAACAUACUUUACAAAUGUUAUAUAGUCUUGUAUUUAAUGCGUUCACUUUUGAAAUGUAUAAAAAUAUUUUAUAAUCAAUAAAUUUUUAUUUUCCUACAA